GAUUUGAGUAAGGAGGUGCUCUUAUGGAGACAGCUCAAGCAUCCGAACAUACUCCCCUUCCUUGGUGUCAACGCUGACUUAUUUUCACCAAGUUUCUGUAUCAUCUCGCCUUGGAUGUCGAACGGCGAUGUCAUGUCCUAUUCCCGUCGUCUAUCACUGGAUAUCCGUACCAGACUGGAACAUACUAUACAAAUUGCCGAAGGUAUCGCCUACCUGCAUGGACUUGAUCCACCUGUCGUGCACGGCGACAUCAAAGGGGCCAAUAUCUUGAUAUCUGACGACUGUCGUUGCUGCCUGGCGGACUUUGGGCUUUCCGUCUUGGACACCCAGUCAAUCAAUGCAACGCACACAGCUACUGUCCAGGGAUCUCUUCGCUGGCUGGCCCCGGAAUUCAUAAAUCCCACACCGACUCCACAGGAUAAUCAGGGGAAAUUGACUUCGAGAGAUAUAUACGCGUUCGGAUGUACCGUGUUCGAGCUCUUAACAGGGCAACCCCCGUUUUAUCAUCACAAUCUGGACAUUAAGGUUGCUAUUGAUGUUCUGAACGGUGUUCGACCCGUACUCUCGACGGAAGUCGUUCCAAAUGAAACCAUUUACAAUGCAAUAUGCCGGAUGCUGGAUACGUGUUGGUCAGAACAGAUCAUGGAGAGGCCGGACGCAGAAGGCUUACUAGAGUCUCUGCAUCGCAUGCAAGACCACUUGCAAGUUCCCAAAAUUGAUGUUAGUGGUACCUUUUCAACUACCUGGGCGACGUUUAUCAUCCAUAUGAUCUGA